AUGGAGAGCUUAAAUGUUUCUAAAGAAGAUGGUAGUAAUAUUACCAACUCUGCAAAUCCUACUCUAGAUACGGCUAUGGUUUUAAGAGCUGGACCGGUGAUCUUGAUAUUAGUUGGUUUUAGUAUCAUCCCCAACACUGUUAUUGUGGUAGGUACUCAAUUGAAAAAAUCGUUACGUAAAAAAACGUAUUAUUUUAUACGUAAUCUAGCAUGCUGUGAUUUACUACUUGCUCUAUCAGUAAUAACUUCACUAAGUACUACGUUUACGGCAAGUAGAAGUCCGAUUCCAUAUCACACUUUCAAUAUGAUUUGUAAAUUCUUGAUCGUUUUCCCAACUUAUUGGUCCUAUACAGCUUCUGUACAAACACUGGUUAUUAUCAGUAUCGAGCGUUAUCGCGCUAUUUAUCGACCCACAAAAAAAGUAACGCCUAAAAAGGCUAAAUUACUUUGCGUCUUAGCAUGGCUUGUCUCGUUCUUAAUUUCACUACCAUUCCUCUUCUCAGCUACAUCAGUCCAAAAUCAAUGUGCUCAAUUUCCAUCUCAAUCGCGUUGGGCUAUUAUUGUCAAUGUGAUCUUAAUUAUAUUUCAGUUUGUAAUUCCGAUGAUCGUUAUGAUUACUGCUUAUAUUCUAAUAUUUCGUAAACUUCGGAUAAAGACAACAUCGAUUACACGCGAAUCUGCUAAUAGUAGAAAUCUAAAGCGUAAGACUACUUCUAUGUUACUUGCUACGACAGUAACAUUUUUGUUAUGUGCUUUACCUUGGACCUUAAUGUUGCUUUUGGAGGCUGUCACUGGUAAAUUUUCAUCUCAGUUUUUUAAUGAUCAUAGUAAUUUAGGACAGAGAGCGAUUGCAAUACUAGGUAGAAUAUCAAUGCCUAUAUCGACGAUCUACAAUCCAGUCAUUUACUGUAUUUACAAUAGAAAAAUUCGACAAUUACUGUUUCCAUGCUACUAUUACUAUCGAAGCAAAAAUAACUCAAUUGCUGCGGCUAGUGGGCUUCUAUCUCAAGAAAAGAAAAGCAACUAUGAUAAUAAGAUGGUAAGAUUAUCUCUACAAAAUAAUUUCAGGGAAGGCAUAUCAAGCUUAACUGUAGUUACCGUUACUUAA